CAGUCACCUCAGGCAUAUUUCUUUUGGCUGAAGUUGCAUAACAGGAAUACUGCGUCUAAUCCCUCUUUCUCUCUCUGUUUUUUUGGCACAGCAAUUUUUUUUCUCUUUUCUCUCCUGAAACAAAAUAUAUAGCAGUGACUGUCUGAAGCUGAUUGGACAUGAUUUUUUUGAAAGGAUGUGAGAAGCACACCGCCUUGCAUUUGGACACAGUGUGUCGGUCAUCCUGCUUUUUAUCUGGAUCCGAAAAGUUUUUAUUGUUGCUAAAUUCAAGUACAAGUAGCACAGAUGGAUGCUGAGCAAGUGAAUAUAAGAAGCCGAGAGUCCCAAAAUACCAGGCGUCAUUUUCCUGAUAUGUGCAUGUCAAAUCCACUAAUGGGGGAUUUUGCUUCGGACUGGUCUUUACUACACGAUGCAUCCAUUCAUGGGCGCCUGGUUUCUUUAAACAAGCUCAUUAACCAGGGAUUUAGUGUAAAUCAGAUUACCGCAGAUCAUGUAUCACCUCUACAUGAAGCGUGCCUCGGAGGUCAUCCUGCCUGUGUCAAACUCUUACUGAAACAUGGAGCCGAGGUUAAUAUUCCAAACGUAGACUGGAAAACUCCUGUGUUUAAUGCAUGUGUCAGUGGCAAUGUGGCUUGUGUCAAUCUGCUGUUAAAGCAUGGAGCCAGUCCAAACGGCAUCUGUGACGUAGCCUCUCCAAUUCACGAAGCAGCUAGGAGAGGUUAUUCUGACUGUGUGGAAUCCCUUUCUCUGGCUGGGGCCAGCGUACAGCAAUCCAUCAGUCACUUAGGAUCUCCGCUUUACAUGGCCUGUGAGAAUCAAAAGGUGGACACUGCCAAAAAACUGCUCGAGCUAGGAGCAAGUGCCAAUGUUGGUAAAGACUUGGACACACCUUUACACAUGGCUGCAAGAACAUCUAAUGCUGAUCUGGUUAAUUUGCUCAUUGACUUUGGAGGUGACACUCAAUUGAAGAAUGCAGAAGGAAAACGCCCGUCAGAAUUAGUUCAACCAAACUGUCCUGUAAACCUAGUGUUUAAUAAAAGAGAAGGACCGCUGAGUUUGAAGCAGAUAUGUCGCCUCUGUAUUAGAAAAUGUUUUGGACAAAAUCAACAUCAUAGAAUGUCUGAGAUUCUACUUCCAGAAACAUUAAAAUGCUUUCUUUUAUACAGAUAA